AGGAGGUACUCACAGCUCACCGCGCACGAUACGAAACGUUCUACAUCUGAAACAUCCGGCCACCGCGAUACAGCUUUACAAAGGCGUCGAGAAUGCUUUUCGUACUCCUCGUUACUGUUUCGACCCUCGCCACUGCAGCGCUCCUCCCUUCAGCCCCCCGCUCCGCCUUCUCUGAUGCGAGCCUUCUGAAUGACAGGUGCACAUUCAUACUCUGGCACCAUCAGCAAUCGUCAUUAGAUUAUAUUCAAUUGAAUACGAUCGUUGACCAUGCGAACAGCAUGACUAUCGACGUGGCUUCACAUCGCCCAGCUACAGCGUUUAAUAGCUACACCCGGCUUGAUCAAAAGCGUAUUUUUGCAGUGGCGGGGUUACUGGACGAUAAAAGGCUGACUAUUGCGUCUGGUGAGGGUGACGUCCUGAAGUUCGAAGUUGGUGAGGUAAAGUGGAAUACAGAAGGAAUGCAUGGAAGGCAUGGUGAAAACGGGAAACGAGCAGAGGCCUGGUGUGAUGCGGGGAAAUGGGAAGGUAGUUCUGACAGAAGGAAGCGAAUACUGAGUUGCGCAUUCCCUUGCGAGCGAAUAGCCGUCGCGGAUCUAGGGAGCGAAAAGUACGGUCAGGCACGCAAAGAAGGAAGUCAAGCCAGGAUUGGCUUGGUGUGAGCUCGUUCACUUCAGCCACGUACAUUUCGCCGACAGGAUCAUGGCUGAGGACUGCUUUGUCGAAUCGCUUGUUGUCUCAAGUUCUAGUAAUGUAGAACCAAGCCUUGAAGUCUCGAAAACGUGUCUUCUGUCAAUCUGAGCACCUUCCGAACUCUGCGUGUGGUGGCCCUCAAAUGUGGCGAACGACCAAGCCCUCUGUGGGC